UGAGGUUGGAGAUGACCCACGUGACAGCUACAGCUAUAUCCCCAAAGAUCCUGCAGAGAUAGUUGCUGUUUUUUACGUUCGUCCUCAGUGCAGGUCAACAGUGUGGAAAAACGGCUUGGUCCAAUGGCGUCUUUCUUUCAUCGCUGUCCGUUCCUGACCAGCGCGUCCAAACCCUUCCUCAAGAGAGCCGGACGCUCGCUCUUCAGCCUCGCUGACCGCUGCCCGGUGAUGCUGACCCGGGGCCUGGUCACUACCGCCGCCCAGCAACAGAGGGCACUGGAGACAACCCCGGCCGGCUCCGCUGUAUUGAAGACCACUCCCCUGUGGUCACUCUCUCAGGCUGCCACCCAGACCGCAGUGACCAUGUCCUCCCAGUGUCCCUUCGUUGAGAAGGAGAUCAGCGCGGUCCAGGCCAGUGCCGAGGUCCAGGAGGAUGUGGUGUGCAGCCUGCCACUAGGGGGCGAGAGCACUAUCCUGAGGGAUCUGAGGAGAGGCGUGAUGAACACCAUGCAGGGACUCACCCCCUCCCCGACCCCUGUCACCCACCGCAUCCAAGACAACAUGGGCGCAGACCAGCCCCAUUUCGAUUAUGACGCUUUCUUCGACUCGAAGAUCAUCGCGAAGAAGCAGGACCACACCUACCGCGUGUUCAAGACGGUGAACCGCUGCGCGGACGCCUUCCCCUUCGCCGAAGAUUACUCGCAGCCCACUGGCCAAGCCAAGCCCGUAUCCGUCUGGUGCAGCAACGACUACCUUGGCAUGAGUCGCCACCCCCGGGUCCUGCAUGCCAUUCGAGAUGCCCUGAAUCAGUACGGCGCGGGCGCUGGGGGCACCAGGAAUAUUUCCGGCACCAGUAAAUUCCACGUGGAUCUGGAGCAGGAAUUAGCCAGCCUCCACUACAAGGAUGCUGCCCUGGUCUUCUCCUCCUGCUUCGUGGCAAACGAUUCCACCCUUUUCACUCUGGCCAAGAUGCUUCCAGGCUGUGAGAUCUACUCGGAUGCUGGGAACCAUGCCUCUAUGAUCCAGGGAAUCCGCAACAGCGGCGUUCCGAGACACAUCUUCCGGCACAACGACGCGGGACACCUGGAGGAGCUGCUGAGGAAGUCUGACCCCAAGACUCCCAAGAUCGUGGCGUUCGAGACGGUGCACUCUAUGGACGGUGCUAUCUGCCCCUUAGUGGAGCUGUGUGACGUGUCCCAUCGCCAUGGCGCCCUGACCUUCGUGGACGAGGUUCACGCAGUGGGGCUGUACGGCGCUCGAGGAGCAGGCGUGGGAGAGAGAGACGCCGUCAUGCACAAGAUUGACAUUGUCUCCGGAACCCUCGGCAAGGCGUUCGGUUGCGUGGGGGGUUACAUUGCUAGUACCGCCGCUCUGGUGGACACAGUGCGCUCCUUCGCCGCCGGCUUCAUCUUCACCACCUCCCUGCCUCCCAUGGCCCUCGCCGGGGCCCUGGAGUCAGUCCGGGUGCUGAAGAGCGCAGAGGGACAGGCCCUGAGGAGAGCUCACCAGAGGAAUGUCAAGCACAUGAGGCAGCUACUCCUGGAUGCGGGGCUGCCUGUCAUCAACUGCCCCAGUCACAUCAUCCCUAUCCGGGUGGGCAACGCAGAGAAGAACUCUCAGAUCUGCGAUCUUCUCCUGGAGAAGCACGGCAUCUACGUGCAGGCCAUCAACUACCCGACCGUGCCCCGAGGGGAGGAGCUACUGCGCCUAGCCCCCUCCCCCCACCACACCCCACCAAUGAUGGAAUACUUUGUGGAAAGUCUGGUUGAAGUCUGGGAGGAAAUGGGGUUCCCGCUGAGCCCCCCAUCGGAGACCGUGUGCAACUUCUGUAACCAACACCUGCACUUUGACCUCAUGAGCGAGUGGGAGCGCUCCUAUUUCGGGAACAUGGAUCCCCAGUACAUCACCAUGUGUGCAUAACCCACAGGGGACCAGGCAACCAAAUAAUGACAGCAGUAUCUAUACAGCUACAGAAAAAAAAAGUUUUGCAUCACCUUGAAUUUUAGGAUUGAGACAUAAUUAAUAUAUAUGAACAUAAUUUAGA